AUGGACGGUCACAAUGAGGUUCAGUCGACAUCCAGAGAACCCGAGCAUUUGUAAUUGCCCGAUGCAAUAGAAAUGUUACUUAAAUUUUGUAGAAAUGAUCGAAUACCAACGCAUUUUUUGGUGGAGCUCACCUCGCUCGACGAGCUCGCUUUUCCGGCCAACUCGACGAAACGGGUCAAGGUUUGUGGGGGACUAGUAUUUGAAAUGGUCCUCGGCCAUCCGUUCCCAUUUUCCAGUACACAUGCGUGGCGAGCACCUCCAAAUCGCUGUGUUUGGGCACUUCCACAGGCUCCGUCUACAUUUUCUCGCGAUACGCCGCCAAAUCGCGAUCGCGCGCCAAUUCGCCGGUUCCGGUGCAGGUUUUCACGACGAGAGACGGCCAGAUCAGUACGGUACGCGGCCGAAAAUUUGCUAGGCCACGCGGAGAAACGAAGGAAAUGUGUUGCAGAUAUCGGUGAGCGCGUCGGAAGAACUGAUGGCGAUCGGCGGGGACAGCGGCCGAGUUUCCGUGGCGCAGAUGAACAACGGACAGCCGCCCACGCUGCUCUACAGUACUCCCGGCGACGCGAGGGCUCCGGACAGGGUGACCGCACUCGCAUGGGCACCCGAUUUCAAAGGUUUAGAAACGAGAGAAGUGAAGUGUUGCACUUUGAAUGGAUUGUGUAAACUGUCUGGGGUACUGUAGCCCGGAAAAGCUAGGACUGCCUGAAAUGCAGUGAAGACGGGGGGGUUUUUUUCAAAUUUUCAAACGAGCUUCAAUUCGCCCCAUUUACAGCCGUAUUCUCGGGCCACGCAUCCGGCGCGCUGCACGUGCACCGUCUGACGAACCGUUCGGUUUUCCGUGCCGCCCACCAAUGCCUCCACAAAUUCUCAGCCGAAAUCGUCCAACUGGACACGCAUCAACAGAACGUGCUCGUCGCCACGUCACUCGCCGCCCACGUAUUCCACGUCGAGUCGGCGGCGCUGCAGCAGGUGGGCAAGAAGGCGCGGAGCUCGACCGCUCAUCUCGGAGCCGCCUACGUGGCGCCGCUCGACGGCGGAAGCGCCUUCAUUGUCGCGGCGAGACCCAACGGACGCCUCUGGGAAUCGAAUCUCGUCGGAGUCGUGUACAGGUUAGUGCGGGAGUGGGGGGAAGUUUAUGUUUUAAAAAAAACGGCAGUUAUCUUGCAGAACGCACCAGUACCGUCAGUUCGCGCAUGUUCCGCGUGCGCCGCCCGUCUCGUUUCGCUCGCAAUUCCCGACGGACCCAUCGCAAUUCGACGGAAUUCACCCGGAGAAUCAGGACGUCACACUCAACCGCAUCCACGUUUUGCACGUCGACGCCGCCCGUCUCCUCAUCGUCUCGGCGUUCGGCUCGCGCAUUUGUGUCGUCGAUUCGGACGAGUCGAGGGUGGUGUGCGUGGCCGAGCUGGAGCACGACAUCCUCGACGUCUCCACGUGCGGAAACGACGUGUUCGUGCUGCUCGCCGACUCGAAAGGACUCCGCAAGUUUAGCGUUUUCGAUCGCGUCAAGACGGUCGAGAAACUGAACUUGAAACACUUUUUCAUGCAGGUUAGGAGUAAUUUUUGGCCCACACGGUUUUCCAAUACCCUAACUUGUGCAAAAAUAGGAAAUCAUUGAAUUAUUCCAGAGCGCCCAGACCGUACUCUUCUGCACUUCCACGCCGACUUCUUCAUCCCCGCCCACGCACUCGAACUCGCUGUUCCCCUCCGAACUGAUCGCCCGAAUAGUCGAGGGUCUCGCCACGAUGAGCAAGAAGAAGGAGACGGAGAGAUUGCAGCAGGAACUGCAGAAGAUUCUGGACGAACGGAAAGCGCAGCAGUCGAUGUACGACAAUCUGACGAGGGAGACGAAGGAGGAGCGGCAGAGGGAGCCCGUGUCCAGACAGUUGCCCAGCGGCGUGCACAGGGUAGGUGGAAACCUUAUUGCUCAUGAAAAACGAUUGAUUAGACGAUUUUCGCAACGAGGACGCAAAAAAUUUCGUUAUUCUCUGAUCAGAUGACUUUUUUGUGUGUGAAAUUUGUGAGUUAAGAUCUGUACGGCAUGCCAAGACAUGAAAAACUAGUGAAAUUGAUAAAUGUCUGCUUGCAGGUGCUCCAAACGGGCCAGUGCAGUGGAUACGACGACGACUUCUCGUUCGCCACCCCUCAAGCACUUCGGGAACGUUCCCGGAGCAGUCCUUGCGGUCCCGAAUCCCCGCUCUCCCCGCUGUCGCCCAAUUCGAUAACGAAAAGGGCGUCGGAACCGUCGAGCCUCGAGAUCCGGCAGGAAUGGCGGAAGAACGGAACGCCCGACGUCGUCGAGGAGGACAUUCUCCAUCGGGCCCGCCUGAUCCUCGACUCCUCCCCCGACGCCGCCAAGAUCAUCGAGAAAGAGUCGUUGCGGACGUUGCUACAGUUGGAGGGUGUCAAAAGGGACGAGAUCCGCUUCACACCGACCGUCACCAUCGGAAAUGCGGCGAAGGCGUUGGCCGAGUUGGCACUGGCGGUCCCAGUCGAUCUGUCGGCCAUCUGGAACGAUCCGAACACCCGCGAUGGGCCGGAAACGACGACGAAAAAGGCGACGAUUGUGAAGGUGAUUCGGCCGGGCGUUCGGCCGAUCAGCCAGAAACGGAAAGAGAAGCCCGUGGCGACAGUGUGCCCGAUGGAGGACGACGUGGAGGCGAACAACGUGGCGCCCGAGCAGAUUUCCGAGGAAAUGCGACGGAAACAGGACGAGAUGUGGCUCGAUUUGAGGCUCAGCCACAUUAAGAAUAGUGAGUUUAUACAGGGGAAGGACGUUUUGCAACUGGAAGUGACGGUGAUUUCAGUUGCGAAAUUUCACGGUUCUAAAGUGUCCCUUUCUGGAAAACACGUAGAAUUUGACAAAUUUUCGCCUGACCAAGUCUUCGCAGACAUAGUUCAACUUUAUCGUUCAGAAGCUUCUCUCUCGGAGCACUCCGAAGAGGCGGUGCCCAAAUCGGACACGGACUACACGCUAACGACGGAAUCCGGAGAGCCGACGCCGAGUCGCGACGAGAUUUGGACGAAUCCGUUGGACGAGGAGUCGCUGACGCCCACACAACCGCCGUCGGAGGACCCAUCGACUGCCAGCACGGUCCCGGGCGACUCGUUUAGCUGCUCCGUGUGCGGAAUGCACAGAUCGUGGGCGGCCGCGUCCAUUUUGACGGCCGUCUGCGGGGCGGCUGAUGUUCUGCGCGACGAGUUCGCCGACGGAGGAGCCAUUCCGGCGACGAUGAACGAUUGGCAACGUCUCCUUCGCCACGUGGCGGCCGAAAAACGCGAGAAGGAGGUGUCGGCGAUGUGUCCGCGGUGCGAAAUGUCGCUGAGUUCGGUGGAGCGAGUGUGCAACGACGGAUGGAGAAGCAGUGUGGGUGGAAUUGUCGACGAGGAGUGUCGUCCGAAUCGGGAACGCAUCUUCGAGCGGUGUCUGAACACUUCGACGGAAAAGUUGAGGGCGAUAGUGUCGAGAGCAUCAGAAUCGACGGAAAACGGCAGGAAAGAAGCGGCGAAACCGGCUGUAGUCGUUCGAAAUGAAAAAGAGCCCGAAACAGACGGAAAGGCCGACGAACUGCCCGCCCGUCUCUGGAACUGGACGAAAGCGGCGAAUCUGCGCACGAUGCUCGCCCUCGCGGUUUUCUGCGUCGGCAAGAAAAGUGUGCUCCAAAUUAUCGGAUCGGAUGACCGAUGGAUCGCGCGACGAAUGAAACCGAUCGAUUGGUGUGCGAUUGUGGUGAUGGGCGCCCGGGAAACGCAUUUUAAGGACCUGCUCGCAAGCAAGGUACGUGAAAGCUUUCGAAAUGACGAUUUUUGUGGGAAUUCUGACAUGCGCGCUUUAGGCGAGGUUUCGAUCUAAAAUUUUUAGACAAUCUCGUCGGUGCUCGAGUCCGUCGGCGCUUCCGGAUGGGUGAUGGCCCGAAAGUCGCCGCCGACUCCAUCCAAAUCUUCUCGAAGAAUCUCUCCGACGUCAUCCGCCAAUUCGGUACCGAUUUCCAAUUGGAUCGUCGACACGAAUGGGUAAAAAUUGCGCCCAACCUAAUUUUUGAGAAAAACGUUUUUUUUUUGCAGGAAAUGUCCCAUCUGCACUCUUUCAAUCAAACUGAUCGUGGGCGGCCAGGACCGGGGCGUCGUGUCGUACUGCUGCGGCCACGUGUACCACAAAGUGUGUCUGGCGGGCCGGCACUCAAUCGGAUGCCUUGCCUGUCGGGUACGGGCACGCCGAGCCGCCGCCGCCCGUUCCACCACGUCUUCCGCGGCGCCGUCACCCAUCGGAUCGCCCAUCGCCUCGCCCAGACAUCAGAAUUAUGUGAAAUCCUAA